AUGAACUCAAGUCAAGCAAGAAACGUCUCCGUGCACUCUCCUGUAUGCUUGGCCGGUGAAAGGGACGUUGGAAAGCUUCACAAGCCCUCCUCUUUAAUUCAAUGGUUUCUUAUCUUUUACAUAGUCAUCAACAUCAUCCCUGUUCCUUUCACUGCCGUUUUGAACGCACUGGUGAUUAUCGCCGUAAAGAAGAAAUCCCGAUUGAGGGCGCAGAAGACGAACAUUGUAUUAGCCAUGCUUGCAUUGACCGAUUUUCUGGUGGGAAUUCUCGCACAGCCCCUCUUCGUUGCGGGUCUGAUAGCUAUCUUGCAUAUGGAUUUAAGCAAUGGCCGGUCGUGUUUUACCGAAGUUUUUCUUUUUGCUAUCGCAAACUGCUUGUUAUCUAGCUCGUUUUUGCACUUGUUGUUAGCAAGCGGAGAACGCUACGUCGCCAUAAAACACCCCUUCGAUUACAUAACAAUCGUCACAGAAUCUCGUUUACUGAUUGCGUCGCUACUGGCUUGGGUUCUUUCUGUGAUUGUGCAAAUUCCACUUGCUGUUGAUGAGACUGUGUUUUAUAUCCUGCACAGUGCAGUUAUUGGUCUUUCUGUUGUUGUUAUUGUUUUCAGCCAUUUUUCAGUGUUCCUAGAAACUCGCCGGCACGAAAACCAAGUUGCAGCACAGCAAGUUACACAGGAAGCCAGGAAACAAUUUGAAAAAGAUAAAAAAGCCUUCAAACUAACAGCUCUUUUAGUUGGUGUUCUUUUACUGUGUUGUUCACCGUUCAUGUUUAUUAGAAUUGUGUUUUAUAUUCUGGAGUACGAAAUCCACUUUGAAGCGUUUCAUAUAAUUGUUUUCUUCUCCACCACUGUAGUGUUUCUGAACUCGCUGCUAAAUCCUAUGAUUUACUGUAUCAGAAUUAGGCAAUUUCGUGUCGCAUUUAUAGAGUUGACAUGUAGAAAUGUUACCUCACCGAGGGCUGAAGAAAUGGAGAUGCAAUGGUUUGGAGGGCCAGACGCCGCGAAUAGACGUGAAAUCGGGCAAGAUGAACGAGGGCAGGAUCAACAAAACAUCGAGAGAGCAAACGUUCACGAACUGAACACUUCUGCAGGCUACUGA